GGCCGCCGGACUUUGCUGCUGCUGCUGUUGCGAGUGGGGCAGGCUCGGCGGCGGGCACGGGGAGCUCAGCAGAGAGGUGGCUGUACUCGAGCUGCCGGAGUCCGAGCCCAGCGGGGUCAGUGCCGCGGCGGCUCGAGCGGCAGCCAAGGGCCCGAAGGAAAGCCUCUCUUUUCCACCCCACGGCUGGAUGAUGGGCACCUGCUCCUUCCUACAGACACCACUCUCAGCCCAGCCAGGCUUUUUGGUUCUUGAGUCCUUUCUCCUGCCUCAGUGUUUCAUUCUGCCCUUCCUAGGGUGUGUGUUCUAGCAUCUCCCCACCGAACUGGAAGGGGUCCUCCUUGGCUCUCCUUCGUUCACUUGCCAGGACCCACCAUGGGAGGUAACCUGGGCUGCCACCGCUCCAUCCCUAGGGACCCCUCGGACCUUUCUCACAGCCGCAAGUUCAGUGCCGCCUGUAACUUCAGCAACAUCCUGGUGAACCAGGAACGGCUCAACAUCAACACAGCCACCGAGGAGGAGUUGAUGACGCUGCCUGGGGUCACCCGGCCGGUGGCCCGCAGCAUUGUGGAGUACCGUGAGUACAUCGGCGGCUUCAAGAAGGUGGAGGACCUGGCACUGGUGAGUGGUGUGGGGGCCACCAAGCUGGAGCAGGUCAAGUUUGAGAUCUGCGUGAGCAGCAAGGGCAGCUCUGCCCAGCAUUCACCCAGCUCCCUGCGGCGGGACCCGUACUCAGAACCCCAGCAGUACCACUUGGCGACAGCGCCCCCCACUGCGAAGGUUAACAUCAACACAGCCACCCCGGCCCAGCUCAUGAGCCUGCGAGGGGUGUCAGAGAAGACGGCCCUGAGCAUCGUGGACUACCGCCAGGAGCACGGGCCCUUCAAGAGCGUCGAGGACCUCAUCAGGUUGGAGGGCAUCAGCUCCGGCUUCCUGGACAAGAUCCGGUCCCAGGCGUUCGCUGAGAGGUCCCGGCCCCCCUCCACGCAUACCAAUGGCGGCUUGAAUUUCACUGCCAAGCCCCACCCUAGCCCCACAUCCCUGAGCCUCCAAAGCGAGGACCUUGACUUCCCCCCCGGGGGCCCGACCCAGCUCAUCUCCACACGUCCGUCCAUUGAGGCUUUUGGAGGGACCCGGGAUGGCUGGCCAGUGUGGAGGCUGGCCACCUGGAACCUGCAGGACUGUUCCAUUGAAAAGGCCAACAACCCCGGCGUGCGGGAGGUGGUGUGCAUGACCCUGCUGGAGAACAGCAUCAAGCUCUUAGCUGUGCAAGAUCUGGUCGACAGGGAGGCCCUGGAGAAGUUCUGCACGGAGCUCAACCAGCCCACCCUGCCCAGCAUCCGGAAGUGGAAGGGCCCUCGUGGCUCCUGGAGGAGCAUCGUCUCUGUGAAACCCUCCAGCCAGCUCUCUCAGGGCGGGACUUACCUAGGCUUCGUCUGGGACGCUGCUGCAGGGAUAGAGCUCAAGGAGGCCGGCUUCCAGGAGGGCCCUCAGGCCAACAGCAAUGGGAAACAGUCGAACCCCAGCCCCUAUCUCGCGCACUUUAAGAUUGGGGCAAAUGACCUCAUGUUGGUGAACCUGUGUCUGCCAGCCCCAGCCUGCCCCCUGGGGGGAGAGAAUCCUGGCAAGACCCCCAGCAACAGCUGCAAAGUAUCACCCUUUGCCCAGACCCUGCAGGACAUGUUAAAAGGCGAAAAAGACUUUGUUAUUCUGGGAGAUUUUGGCCAAGGUCCAGAGAGCAGCAACUGUGACAUCUUGAGGAAAGAGAAGUUCCAGCCCCUGGUCCCUGGCGGCACCUUCACUGACAUCAGCACCAAGAAUCCUCAGGGCAUGAAGUCAGUGGACAACAUUUGGAUCAGUAAAAGCCUAAAGAAAGUUUUCACAGGCCACUGGGCAGUGGUGAGAGAAGGCCUCACAAACCCCUGGAUCCCUGAUAACUGGUCCUGGGGGGGCGUGGCAUCUAGCCACUGCCCCGUGCUGGCUGAAUUUUACACCGACAAGGACUGGAACAAGAAGGAGGGCAUCCCCCGUGGUGGCAGUGGCGUGUCCUUGGAGCAGAGCGAGGUCCACAGCAAACACGAGCGAUGACGGCGCCAGGGCGGCGGGGCCGGAGGAGAGGCCGAGCUCUUGGACUGCAGCGUCCCCUGAGAACCCCCACCACCCUUCCUCCCUCCUCCUCCGAGGCCUCCAGGAAUGUUCCGGAGUCUCGUUCCUGCACACGAAGCUGUGAUUCUUUAUGGGGGACAGAACGGGCACACAUUUAUCCGACUGGACGUUCCCUUCCAAAUGCAGAGGGACAAGAGAAUCCCCUCAGCCGCUGCCCGAGGCUGUUCUGAGCUAGGGGCCUUGGGGGGCCCAGACAAGGGGAUCUGCCCAACACGUGGGCAGGCUCUUCUCUGUUUCUCCCGGCUCAUCCCCCCUGCUUGGGCCUCCCUUUCCGGCCUCCCUGGGCUUGACUCUGGCCAUGACCAAUUUAAGGAGGCUCUGUCCUCUACCCUUGAAUGCCAUCUCUGACCUUCACUGUUCAUCCUCCACUAAUCUUCAGCCUUCUCUGCUCCUGAGCUAAACGGAGCAGGACAGAGCUAGACAUCCCGCUGACCGUGCCUGGCCCACAUUUGUGUUGCCAUGUGGGGUGAACUGUUACCUACAGCCAGCGGUCUGAAGCCUGCCCUGGGGCCUUUGGCCUCCAGCCUCUGGUUGCUCUCCGUACACAGCCGACCUUGCCUCCUCCUCUGUGGAGAGAACGGAGGUCCUGGGCACCGUCCUUGCUAGUUCUCUGCUCCCAGACACCUCAUCUCUCCUGCUCCUCCUUUGCCAUGGUCGGGAAGAGAGAGGCAACCCUCCUCCUUGCCACAGCUGACUCCUUUACUGGCCGGGCCCUGGGAUGUGGGACCUUCCUUUACUGGGCCCCAGGCCCUAGGCUCCCAUACCCAGCCCAGCCCUUCUCAUCCUCAAGAUCCUUCCAUUAUUCUCCAGCUCACUUUCCUGUGUGUCCUGUUUGUCCUUACGUGCUGGCUCCAGACCUGACCCUCCCCUCAAGCUACCUCCCCAUAUCUCUUCGCUCUUUCAGAGAGAGACAGAGAGUGAGACAGAGAGAGAGAGACGGAGAGAGACAGAGAGAGAGACAGAGAUAGGUAGAUAG